AUGGGCAUCUCAUACAGCACGGCCAAAUGGCUAGCCCCAGCCAGUUUCUUGAUCGACUUUGCGUGUCAGCAGUAUGGAAUGCUGUCCACGCCCAACAUGAAGGAUAUUCAUGAUCAAAACCUUUCCUUCUUCAGCCCGCAGCCUUUCUUCAUUGCUGGCUUCUUCUUUCCCCAGCAAUUGUUCCAAGUCGGUUGGCUAUAUCGGCUAUGGAAGCUGGACCCAAAACAACCCAAGGACCGUGCAGAACUGGACCAGAUUGUCGACUUUGUGCCGUACUAUUCUCUGGGAAAUCUUUGCAUUGCUGCUUGGAUGGUCGCUUGGAAUGCCAACCGCCUUGACAUUUCCCACGCCUUUGUCACCGUCAACACCGUCACUCAACUCUACUACAUCACGCGUCGCCUCGCACCCAUGAAUAGACGCUCAACCUCUUCGGUGCUCACCCACAUUGUGUCCAAGACGUUUGCGGGAAUUGGCGUCCUGGACUUUCUUCAUAACGGAUCUGCGGCAUUCUUCAAGGACCAGCCAGCGACCCUCCCCAUCAAGUUACUUACCGGGCUGGGCUUUGGUCUGGCGAGUGCCGCCAGCGAUUGGAUCUUUGGUGGAUGCUUGGUUUAUGAUCUCGUUGCACUGGCUGUGGGACAACAGGGCGACUGGAGAACCUGGUUGUCCAUGUAUGCAGUCGGAGCCGCUGGAAUUGUGGCUGCGAAGAACAUCGCCAAGUAG